AUGUCAGUCAGCAAGGAAGAGCUUGAGGCCGAGGCUGCCCACACAACCUGGAUGGCAACGCAAGCGCGCACGCAGUGCUGGCGAGUUGUGUUCGCGAUGCUGGCGAAAGCCAAGUCAUUCAGUUGUGCCUCCUGCGUCGUCUUGGAGGAAGAUCGGCGGUCGAAACUGCCCGGGAAGGCCGAAUGGGGCUUUGGGCGGAAGAUAUGGAAAUUCUGUGAGAUCUCGAUCGAGAUUCCCCACGAUGCAGGGCGUGCUCCAGUGGCGCCCAGGACAAGGCGAUGCGAGGCGAUUGAAGCAUACCAAGGUACCUCACGGUCGGGUCCGACGGAUGCUAGGACUUGA